AUGCCGCCACCCAGGGGGAGCCGGCCGGCAGGGUGCAACGGCGGAUCUAUGCUGCGGCUGCUCGUCCUCGCCUCCCUCUGCUGCGGUUGCUUCGUCGUCGGGCGCUGGGAGAGCGGCGCGCUCCGGCCGGAUUCCGGGAGGCUGGCAGGCGCAGCGAUCUACGCCGGUGAUCUGGAGGGCUACCAUGGGGGCGGCAGGCGGCGGCUGCUGGCCGGGGGCCCUGGCCCCGGGUCGCACCCGCCGCGGUGCACGUCCAAGUGCGGCAGCUGCAGCCCGUGCGUGCCCGUGCACGUGUCCGUGCCGCCCGGCGUGCUGGUCACCACGGAGUACUACCCGGUGGCGUGGCGCUGCAAGUGCCGCGACCGCCUCUACAUGCCGUGACCACCGGCCGCCGCUACAUGCAGCUACCGCGCGUUGGUGGUCUCGGUCGAACGUCCGGCGGCCACAAGAUGACGCAGCAGCGUCCGCCGCCCGGGCCGGCCGCAUACGUACGUACUGUGCCGCACCGUCAGUGUACAUGUAUGGCAGCGAGUGACAGACAUGGGUGGUGCUGGAGUGAUGGAUGCACGUGGUGGGCUACCGUGGCAUGGCAGGGCAGGGCAGGGCCGGGCCGGCCUGCAUGUGUAGCUGUGGACGGUGCUGCUGUGCCCUGGAGGAGUGUGGACGUGGUGUGGCAGCACCGGCGCCAUGGACCUACCGGGGGCGGUGGCGCAGGCAGGCAGCUCCCCCAGGCGCCUCGACCUCGUUGCAUGAUUUUCGUGCGUGCCAUUCAGUCAUUCUUAGGCACUGAAAUAUACUACCACAUGGCAUUUUCUUUUCUCUUAUUUCAAUUUUAGUAGGAGUGUUUCGCUAUUUUAGUAGGAGUAUUUCGCUAUUUUGUGUUGGAUCCAUCAGUCAUCACUUUCUUUGUGGGGGAAUAUCCUUCAACAAUUCUACAGUGUACGUAAUAAUAAUACUGAUAUAAAUUAUAACGUGACGUA